GUGUCCAAAUUCCCAAAAAUUUUCUUCCUCAUAUCGUGGCAAACAAAGAAACCGAACAAAGCAUUAAAAUGGUGGCGUACUACGACGAGUGCGAUGCCAUCGAUAACCCCAAGACCCUCAACGACUGGGUCCGUAACUUCCGCGUAAAACGCCAGAAAAUGCGUCGCAAGUUACGAGGCGCUGGAAGCGACUUGCGCGUGAACGCCAUUUUGUCGACGGCCCUGCUCCACGCGGAGCAUGAGCUGCGAAGAAAGCAGCAGGAGCGCUUCAGUCGCUGGCUGGAGAUGCAGACUCGGUUCGUGCCCCAUGGCAGGACCCACUGCGCCAAUGACGCGGUGGCCACCAGCGCCAAGGCUGCUGCGGAGGUCGAGGCAGAGAGUAAUUUGUGGAGCAGCGAGCUCAGCAGCCUCGAUAGUUUUAUGCGCAGUUUAAGCAGCAGCAGCAACAACAACCACACCGACGCCAGCAACAGUUAUUCGGGGACGAGUAACAGCAACAACAACAACAACCACAGCUGCGCCAUUGCAGUGGCCAGUUAGAAAGAGAAGACUGUAUGGUGCCCGUCUGAACGCGUGUGUGUGCGUGCGUGACACACAAACGCACUCAAAAUGGUGGAAGUUGGUUUUCAGACGAAGAACCGUUUCCCCUCUAGCUUUAGCCUUUUUAAACCCUGUUAAACUAGUGUUAUUACGAAAACAAUAUUUCUCAU